CAGCAACCGAACCACCAGCAAAGAGUCUCUAAAAAAAGGUAUGUGCUACUCAAGAGCACGGCUAAUCUUGUCGAAUGAUACAGGUAUUCUCCAGCGAUAGGUGUCGAUCAGUGUAGACUAGUUUCCUAGGUGCCGCAACUUUUGCAGAUGUCAAGCAAAGCAGGUAGGUCUUGGUGCAUACCACGGUGACCGGAGUACUCUGUAGACGGAGACCCAUCCUUUGGCGACGAUUGAGACCCGACAUCUUUCAAAUCGUCGACUGCCUUGCGAGCAAGACUACUGGCCAGAGCUCUGGUCUUGCUCUCGAGCAUCUGAAUACAACUUCAGUCUCUUUGUCGGAAGCUAUACCAGUCGCCUCAUAAGACUUGAUCAUAUUGCUCUCCAUCGAUGAUGUCGUUUUCUUUGCACUCGACCGAAGGUGUCGUCGUUUUGUUCUUGACUGGGACAUGGUCGCCACCCACCUUGGCAAGACCAAGGACGCUGUCCGUCAACGCUUCAUGAAACUGAAGAAAGAGGUCAGCGAUCUCGCUGCUGGCUCGGUCGACGCUGAGGAUGGUGGUGGCACUGCUGCUGUCGCUCCUGCCGCUGCCACCGCUUCCACCCGCAAGCGUAAGGGCAAGGCCGCCAUGCUUGCCGAAGACGAUGAAGAUGAUGUCACCCCUCCCCCCAGGAGAGGACGCGGAAGACCCAAGAAGGUUCUUCCCGACAAUAAGGAGCCGUCCCCUUCGGCCAAGAAGACCAAGAAGGCUCUGACUGACGAGGACGCGCCCACCCCUCUUCCCAAGAAGAAGGCCAAGAAAGUCAACUCUGAGCAGGCUGACGCUGACGAAGAUGCUUAAAGUCUUCUCUGAUGCUAGUGUGCUAAAAUCUCGUCUGUAUCAUCACACGUAUCAGGAGGAAUACAAGACGCAGUCUUUACUACACAAAGGGUAGCCCUCAAGCAGUCAUGAAUCAAUCAAUCGAUCGUCCCCC